CCUGUCCAGGUUGCCCUUUGUACCUGGUAUAUCUUUAGGUCUUUCUCUUAUAAAACCAAAUCUAUUAAUAUAACCAUGGAUGGAUACCUUAUAGCGGUUUGGCUUUUAUUCUUCUGCCGAUAUAUUUAUCAAUCUGUGACAGAACUGUUCCACAUUCGAUAUUCAGACAUGCAAAUAAUUGUGUGACAUGAAAAUACAUUUUCCUGCACUGGAUUUAUUGAACCAAUCUGGCAAGAAACUGGAAUUUAAUGCAUGAAAAGAUGCACGGCUUUGACGGAUUUUGGAAAACGUCUGGGAAUGGAGUUAUCACGUCUUCAAGCAAUCUGUGAUUAUUAUCACCUAUUUUUUAAAGCUCUGAACUGGUACAAUCAGGUUCUAGACCAGCUUUCAUUUAAAGAUUCUUUCUGGAAGGAGAAUCCAUUGAAAGAUAGUGAUGCAAGACCCCUGGCACAUACUAGUUUGCUCUGGAGAAGACAGUGUCAAAUAGUUUUAUCACAGAUGCCUCCACAGAAACCAAGUGAAUGGGCUGAGCUCAUCACACUCUCUAAACUGAUUCCAGAAAAUCAGAAGACGCAAGGGAUACAGCUAGCUUCAAGAUGCCUAUUUUUGUGGAAUAUUAUGACAAACCACUCCGAACUUAUUCAGAUUAAAGAUGUGCAGAAGAUUAUAUCUUGGCAGGAAAAUCUUUUCAAGUCUUUUUUAACAGCUACCAGGCCAUUUCCUGAAAACCCUGGCCCUGCCCCUGAGCAGCUCAAGAUGGCAAAAAAUAACAUGCAUUCCUGGGAUACUGAUUGUGCAAGGAAUGGGAAUCCAUUGACUAAGCAAACGCAUUGUAAAGUAAAUGAGUACAAUUGUCUCCCAUAUCUAAUGAUAUCUAAAAAUGAUAUUGGUUGUCAUUUAAGUGGAAGUCACAUUGUGUUUCCACCAAGCAAUUCUUCGAACUUUUGGUUGAGUUUGCCAUUGAUGGAUUUGUCAAAGUCUCAAAGCAAAACAGUUGAUUAUCAAUCCAAUAAAAAUACUGUCAGUGCAACAAGAGAUGUUCUUAGACAAGCACAAGAAAAGUCAUAUUUAGAAGGUUACUAUAAUGAUGGAUUGAUGCACUCCAAAUCCAUACAUUGUCAUGGCUACCAACCUCAUGUAAAGGAUACCGUUAAUUACUGUGAUUGUGGUGUCCAAACCAAUACUGAAUUCUAUGCUUCUGAAUUGUGUUCUACACAGAAAAAUCUAAAAAUAGAUUCGUCGUUCUGUAGUAGAAGAAACAAUCAACAAUUGGGCCCAAAGGAAAAAAACAUUCCAAGCAAGCAUGAACUUACUUUUCCCAGAAGAUUGGAGGUUGUAAUAGACCAGUCAUGUGACUGGGAUAAAAAAGAGGAAGCUAAACUUUUCCUUAUUGAGAAACUGCUUGCAAAUGCUGAAGCCAUUCUCAAGGAAGAGGAACUGGUACUGAGACAGGAGCAGGAAUUGGAGAAUCUUCUGUACCAAACAGAAUUGUGUGCUGCAAAGUGUGGAAUAGGAGACAUCAGUGAAGUAAAGACAACUACUGAUCAGGAGAGGCCUAACAAGUUACUGCAGAAUAUAUUUGAAGAAAAAAGUAUUCCUUCUAGUUUGAAAGUGGAGAUGUGUAAUGAAAGCUGUGAAUCGCCUCGAUCAGUUAAUAGCAGUGAUAGCUUUCCAGAUUGUUCUAUAAUGAAACCACUAACCAGGUUUCAUGACUUGUUAAAUGAGCUAAAAGAUGUUCAUGCAAUUGAAGAACGUAUAUUUGAAGAAACUACUAAGAUUCAGGAAUUACGGGAUCAGGAGCACAAACAAGCUGUUAAGUAACAGGAUUCUGCUUUCAAACGAUGUAAAGAGAAAAUACUAUUUCUAACCAUGCUCCAAAGAGAACGCAACCAAGUUGAGGAGUUGGAACAGAGUUUAGCUAAAGAAGAGGCUAGAAAACAUAAUACCAUAAAGAAGAAGUCAAAACUAUCCAGAAUAAAACAAAUACUGUCAUGAAUAUGCCAAGUAAUAUUUUAAAAUUGUCUAACAAUG